AUGCGAAGAACAGCCUAUCGGUGUCUUGCUGACAUCGACUUAGCACCACCCGGGUGCUCCAUGAGUGAAAUCAAGUACGCCGACGAUGUUUCUAUACUCGCGGAAAGCAGUACGAAACUUCGACAUGUUGUCAGCCUUACAUCGAAGCUGUCUGCAGCCUAUGGACAACGUCUACGCCUUGAUAAAUGCAAGCAAAUGUGGAUCUCCUCGAGACCUCGAACGGGAAUCAGGGUGGAGGGUCAACAGAUCGAACUCGCCGAUGAGUUCUGUUACCUUUGCUGUACGCUGGAGAACAAUGGCAGCUACGAAAAAGAUAUUCAGCAAAGAUGCGCUUAG